AUGGCCUCAGCAUCACUUCUUAAGUCAUCUCCCGUUCUUGACAAGUCGGAGUUUAUCAAGGGCGAGACACUCCGUCAAAUGGUCAUCCACAGCCACCCUAAUGCUUCCCCAUCAUCGCUUAACGUUCGUGCUUCCUCUUACGCCGAUGAGCUCAUCAAAACUGCGAAAACUGUUGCAUCACUGGAGCGUGGAAUUCUGGCAAUGGAUGAAUCCAAUGCUACUUGUGUGGAAAGCGUUUGGCAUCCAUCGGGUGCAAUUCUAUUUGAGGAGACUCUCUACCAAUCCACAACACAGGGGAAGAAAAUGGACGAUGUCCUAGUCGAGCAAAACAUUGUCCCUGCAAUCAACGUCGACAAGGGUUUGGUUCCUCUUGCUGGUUCAAAUAAUGAGUCCUGGUGCCAUAGUCUUGAUGGCAUUGCUUCCCGUUCUGCUGCUUCCAUGAACAGGGACAAUGGAUUAGUUCCAAUUGUGGAACCAGAAAUCUUGCUUGAUGGAGAACAUGGGAUUGAUAGGACUUUUGAGGUUGCUCAAAAGGUAUGGGCUGAGGUUUUCUUCUACUUGGCUGAGAACAAUGUCAUGUUUGAGGGUAUCCUCCUCAAGCCUAGCAUGGUUAUCCAGGGAGCUGAAUGCAAGGAUAAGGCAACUCCCGAGCAGGUUGCCGAGAACACUCUCAACCUCCUCAAAAGGAGAAUCCCCCCAUCCGUCCCUGGAAUCAUGACAGAUAGAGUCAAACCAUUUCAAAAUGGAAUCGGGCUCAAAGACAGAUCAGUAAUCCCUGAAAUGAGAGCAUCAAGUGACUCGUCUUUCAAGCAUUUCCAUUGCUCAGAAUCAUCAGGAAUCGUAGGUGCAAUUCUAUAUGAGGAGACUCUCUACCAAUCCACAACACAGGGGAAGAAAAUGGUCGAUGUCCUAGUCGAGCAAAGCAUUGUCCCUGCGAUCAAAGUCGACAAGGGUUUGUUUCCUCUUGCUGGUUCAAAUAAUGAGUCCUGGUGCCAUAGUCCGGGUGCUCGUUUUGCCAAAGGGCGUACCGUUGUGAGCAUUCCCAACGGUCCAUCUGCCUUAGAUGACAAUGGAUUAGUUCCAACUGUGGAACCAGAAAUCUUGCUUGAUGGAGAACAUGGGAUUGAUAGGACUUUUGAGGUUGCUCAAAAGGUAUGGGCUGAGGUUUUCUUCUACUUGGCUGAGAACAAUGUCAUGUUUGAGGGUAUCCUCCUCAAGCCUAGCAUGGUUAUCCAGGGAGCUGAAUGCAAGGAUAAGGCAACUCCCGAGCAGUUUGCCGAGUACACUCUCAACCUCCUCAAAAGGAGAAUCCCCCCAUCCGUCCCUGGAAUCAUGUUCCUGUCUGGUGGGCAAUCUGAAGUGGAGGCAACACUGAACUUGAAUUUCAUGAACCAAGCUCCCAAACCAUGGCAUGUUACGUUCUCAUACGCAAGGGCACUCCAAAACACGUGCUUAACAUGGACGGGACGUCCAGAUAAUGUGAAGGCAGCUCAAGAUGCUUUGCUUCUUCUGGCCAAGGCUAACUCUCUUGCUCAGCUUGGGAAAUACACAGGUGAGGGAGAAUCUGACGAAGCCAAAAAAGGGAAUUUCUUGUCUGGUGGGCAAUCUGAAGUGGAGGCAACACUGAACUUGAAUUUCAUGAACCAAGCUCCCAACCCAUGGCAUGUUUUGUUCUCAUACGCAAGGGCACUCCAAAACACGUGCUUGAAGACAUGGGCGGGACGUCCAGAUAAUGUGAAGGCAGCUCAAGAUGCUUUGCAUGUUCGGGCCAAGGCUAACUCUCUUGCUCAGCUUGGGAAAUACACUGGUGAGGAGAAUCAAACGAAGCCAAAAAGGGAAAGUUUUUAA